UUUCAACACUACUAUAUAACAAAUAAUUUGAGCGAAGUAUGGGCACAUUCACAGACUCUCGUCUCGUCUUCCAAGCGGAAUGGUAUGACCAGAAUGCUGAACUAGUCAGGAGGUAUCAGGUCAUGUUUUAUCCAGUCGAUAACACCGUAGAAAUGUUCGAUGUUAAAAACAGGAGGUUGUUCCUCAAGAGAAGUGCUGUUCCCAACAUCACAGAAGACAAGCUCUACAUAGGUUCUGUAGUUAACGUUAACUCCCGUCAGUUAACGCUGACAGGGUAUGGUGAUAACUUUACAAGUAACACUCUGGCAACAAGAAACGAGAAGACCCUGGCUAUUAUUAAACCUGAUGCUGUUGGUAAAGUGGGCCCCAUAUUGGAGCGGGUCUGCAAAGAAGGUAUAAAGUUUUGUAACGCUAAGAUGGUGAGUAUGAGUAAAGUAGACGCGGCUGCAUUCUACGCUGAUCACGCAGGGAAGCACUUCUUUGAUGAACUGAUAGAGUUUAUAGUAUCGGGGCCCAUAAUAGCUCUUGAGUUGAUGGGUGAUAAUGUUAUAGCCAGAUGGAACCAGAUUAUCGGACCUAGCAACGCUUCUGACGCUAGGAGUAAGGUGCCCCAGAGUCUACGUGCAUUGUACGGCUCUAACGGUACAGCUAACGCGUGCCACGGGUCUGAGAACCCUGGAGCGGCUGCUCGAGAGAUAGACUUCUUCUUUGGAGCUGGACGGAGUAUUUCCGGAACAGCCAGCCUCAAGGGCACCACUCUGUGUUUAGUCAAACCUCAUGCUAUUGAAAAUGGAAACAUUGGAAAAAUUAUCAGCAUGAUAACCGAUAACGGGUUCGCUAUCAGCUCCCUAGAGAUGUUUAAUUUAGACCGAGCUAAUGCUGAGGAGUUCCUUGAAAUCUACAAGGGAGUGGUUACUGAGUAUAGUCAGAUGGUUACUGAGCUGUGCAGUGGACCUUGUCUUGCUAUUGAGAUUGUUGGUGAGCACAAAGAAUUCCGAAAUUUUGUGGGACCAGCAGACCCAGAAAUAGCCAAACAUCUCCGACCCCAAACAGUGCGAGCUAAGUUUGGGCAAGACAAGAUCUUUAACAGCAUUCACUGCACAGACCUACCCGAAGAUGUGGGACUGGAGAUUGAAUACUUCUUCAGGAUUCUCAGCCAAUGAGAGGCAAAUGGGAGAUAGUAACAACGAACCAGAAUCUCCGCCAGAAAACAUUCGUUCGGCAAUACUAGAUGUUCUGUUAACUACAAGAUGUUGUGAUCCUUGCAGUGCAAUGAACAAGUUUUUAAACACUCAUGUCGCUCCAAGAUAAUAUGCUUUAAAUUAACAUGUGUGCAUUUGUAAGUUUCAAUUGCUUGCCACCCGCGUGUAAAUAUAUAUUAUGUAAUAUAUUAUAAUGUGCAGAUUUCAGAUAGGUGCUAGAAAGUUCCACCCUGAUGAAUGUCCAUGUCAUGGCUCUGAUUGCUUAAAUGUUAUACUGUAGCGUUGAAUCUUACUUUAACGGGAACAGAAGAGCAAAACAAUUUUACUUGCAUACGGUGUUAUAAUCAAUUUAUUUUGCAGAGCGAAUAUAAUUCAGAAUUUUAUACAGAAGUUUCGCAUGGUUUAAUGUGUGACUCAAUAUUUUGAUACAUAAAUCUGUAAAUAAUAUUAUAUGUCAUUACUCAUUGUAUAAUCAUAUUCAUCAGAUGUAAAUAAUAACUUAUUGCAUAUUAAA